AUGUCUCGAGAGUCUGAACUUCUGAAGGCCCCCCCAGACGGUGCCUGCCCCGAAGACUGUGUUAUUGCUCCUAAUUCUGAUGCCCCGUCGCCCCAGCAAUGCAAGACGGACGUUCAGGCAAUAGGCAUUGACCAGCCAGCCCUGAGCCGCUCUCCCAAGUUCUGGAUGCAGCCUCGUGCUCCAGUUCUCGAACUCGCUAUUGUCAAGACGGAGACGACGCUGGGAUCGUUCCCGCCCUCCGUCUCCGUCUCGUCUCACCGACCGCGCAGCAUUGCACCAACACAACGCACGCCGCGUCUGCUUGCUCAGCCCUGA